CCAGCCUCCGCCCAAUGAUCCUUGUGGGCAGUCUGUUCUCUGCGGCGACCUCCGCGGCCACGCCGACCACCGCGGCCACGCCGACGACCGCUCUUCCGACGCUGGCCACGCCGACGUCGGCGGGCGCGAAGCAGGCAGGGUGGGGCUUCACGGUGGCAUUGGCCGAUCAGCUCGGCGAGGCGCUGGAGCCGGGCGUGUCCGGAGACAAGGCCGAUGCGCUCUCCGGCGCGAUCCUCCACGGCAUGUCCUCCUUCAUCACGCGGAUCGUCCCGUCGCCGCCUGGCCCGCCUCCAAACCCGCCCAGCCCGCCGCCAUCGCCGCCUCCGCCGCCGCCUCCGAGCCCUCCGAGCCCGCCGCCGAGCCCGCCGUCGCCGCCGCCCUCCUGCGUCGGCCUCGAGUCCGUCUCCCAAGUCGCGCUGGGCACGUGCGCCAGCCUCUCCCUCGCUCCCGCCGACGCGAGCAGCAAGCUCCUCGGCGACGACGCGGCCGACGCACUGGUCAGCUCACUCGAGGAGUCGACCAUCGGGGAGCUCUUCCUGGAUGGCAACACCGUCGGAGACCGCGGCGCCGCCUCGCUCGCCGGGCUCGUCGAGCGCAGCCGCCUCUCCCGCCUCUCGCUCGUCGACAACUCCGUCACCGACGCCGGCGCCUACCGCCUCGCCGACGCCGCGAGGUGGUCCGAGACGCUGCACGCGCUCGACCUCGACGGCAACCCGAUCGGGGCGGACGGCGCCGUCUACCUGGCCGAGGCGCUCGCGUACAACCGCGCCCUGCGCGUCCUCUCCCUGCGCCGCACCGGCCUCGAAUCCGCCUCCGCCUCCUCCUCCGCCUCCUCUUCUGCCGCCUCCGCCUCCUCCGCCGCCGCCUCCUCCGCCUCCUCGCUGCGCGUCGCCGAGGCGUUUGGCCGCUGCCUCGCCGCCAACGAGGCGCUCGAGGUGCUCUCUCUUGGCAGCCUCUCAACCGCCGCCGCCGAGGUGCUCGUCGGCGCUCUCCGCUCAAACUCUGUCCUCACCACGCUCGACCUCGGCGGCGGCACCCUCUCCGACAGGGCGCUCUCCGACCUCGCUCUCCGCCGCUUCGCGCAAGAGGAGGGGCUCCGCUGCCCGCAGGUCGCCUCUGACUUCGCGCGCGAGCGGUGCCCUCGCACGUGCGGCAUGUGCCCGAGCGCCCUCUCCGCGGCGUGGGGGAUCGGCUUCGCCGACUCGCUGCUGCACGAGCCGCGCGCGGCGUCGGCCCACUACCCCACCGGCGGCGGAGCGCGCACACUGCUGCUUGCCGCCGUCGGCGCCGCCGGCCUCGCCGCCGCCAGCCUCGCCGCCGCACGUGCGCGACGCCGCGGGCAAGGCGGAUGCGGCGGCGGGCAAGCGCUCGUCUGAGCGGGCGGGCGCCCUUCAGAGAGGAGAUCUAGCGACCUCCUCUGCCCUUCGCCCAUCCCCGCACACGCCUCAGCCCAGCAGCGUCUCCCCCGUUUGGUCGAGCCCGCUUCCCUGCUCGGCGCAUAGAUCGGCGUCUGUCCGCCUCUACCAGAUGAUUGUACUCGUUCGCAGUCGCUCAGAUCAUGCUAGCAUACGUCAGUUAUCCCCCAGGUGAUACAAUUCGUCAGCGCCGAGUGGUGCAACUCAGAAAAUCACCACCCCGGCCAACUCAAGUCUCGAGCCGCGCGAGGUCGGGGGGGGACGACGGACGAGCUUAUGUGCAGCUUGCCUGGGGGAAAGGACAAUAU